CCUUCCUGGGGAAAGGUUGAGAUAUGUAAUCCCUACCCACCAGUGAAGAUGAACAGAGCAUUGUUGGGGAAGAUGACAGCCACCAGGUUCUCUCUUUUGUUUUCUGGGAGUUUAGUGACUCUUCUGAUUUGGGGGUGCCCAACAGUGACUUGUCAGGUUAAUGACAACACCACAGUGCAGCCGAUCACAGCAUCUACAGGUUACAGCUCCACAGAAAGCUGGACUACCGCUUGUGGGAAUUCUUCAAGGUGUCUGAUCUUUUGUGACUUCUGUGAACGCGCCUUUGGAUCACCAAGUAUGGAUUGCCUCUCUUUAAUUGUGGAGAAGAUUUGUCUGCCUGAUUUCCAUGACUCCAUGCUGCUGCUAAACAGCACCGACUGGUGCAUUUGGGAUAAUGUGAAAAGUUUGUACAGCAACUUCAGCGUUUGCACAGAAGAGGUUUCAGACUGUCUGCUGAUCCCGUGGCCCAACCAGCUGGUGAAGGAGGUGUUUGUGAACAUUCACUAUCAGUACUUUGUGGAAUGUACUACAGAAGAGUUCAGCGACCCUCCGCCAGCCAUCGUCUUUGCUCUGGUGAUCACCCCCAUCUGUCUGAUACCGAUGAUGGUUAGUCUGGUGGUGCUCAAGACCAAAAACGGGGAUGGCACCUCCUGAACGAGCGACGUUUGACAUCCACUUUCUCCCAUCCUGAGGACUGCUGCUGUGCUGUCAUCUGUCAAAUGACCUUCCAGAGGCCCGAUUCUCUCUGACAGACUUACCUUCACUCAUCCACACACGAUCCAUGUUUAGAAACAGAACCAACAGAUUCUGAAUGAUUGUUUCUCACAGAGAUUCACUGUGGUGAUAUUUAUGUUCUGUGCAAUAUGGUAUCUCGUUUACUGUAGCUAAGGAAAAGGCUCUUUGUAAGCGCCUUAGAAUCACUGACUGAACCAGUUUGCACACAAUAGUCUGACAACAGAGAUCCAUUUCUUCUGGAAUAAAUGUGUUUGUGUCGACAAAAGCUCUGGAGCUUGCAAAGGUAAAGUGAAAUCUAUGAUGUAUGCUGGUAUAUCAUCAUCGUUCAUCUUUUCAGGUGAGCUGCUAAACCUAACUCUGGUCUGUUGUUUGGAAGAAAUUAAAGAGCAAGACAUCCAAUGCACAGAUUUAGUUCUGUGAGUGUUCAGAGGUUGGGAGUCAGAGGUCACAGCAGCGUGGACGCAUUGUUCGAGUGUGACAGGAGAGGAUUUCCUGGUAUUAUGUUGUUUUCCUUUCUUUGUUGAACAGUCAGAAAUCUUCGUGCUCUUUUUUCCUGUCUGAAUGACAUUUACUGACUAUUAUAGAACUAAUCAAUGAAAAGGCUAAAUGUGUGAUUCGUCAUUGAAAACCAGACACACUGAUGACAAGAAGAAACAACCAAACUUCUUUGCUUGCAACAUAUUAUAGUGGUGUGGUUGUGUGAUGCUGAGUUUUUAAAGGUGAUGAUGUGUAUUUAUAUACUUUAUUAAUGUCAGGAGCUAAUGCAGUCUGGAGCUGUUCUCCCUUCAUGUACUGUGCACACGUUUAAAUACUAUGAAGCUUUUGAACUAUGAUAUCAGCUGGAGUUUUGGCUGAAGCUUGUUUUUACUCAUCUGUUUCUGAAUAAAGACCACCGUUAAAGUUCA